AUGUUUGGAUUGGGGAAAUUGUUAUAUAUAGUGAUUUUAACCAUCAAUGGUAUAGCAGUUCUUAGUGAAGAUCGAUUUUUAAAUCGUAUUGGUUGGGGAUCAUCAUUAAAUAAUGGUAAUACAAAUGCUGCUAAUCAAUAUCAACAAUUCAAUACGGGAUUCGAUAAUAAUGAUGGUACAUCUGUCAAGACCAAGAUUGUUAAUUUAAUUGGAGCCAUUCGAACAUUAUUAAGAAUACCUUUAAUAGCGGUCAAUAUAGCAGUUAUAGCAUAUGAAAUAGUAUUUGGUUAG